UAUCCUUCUGCUCAGCUGCUCUCAGCCCACAUCCAUGGCUUGUGUGACAGCAUCGGAACACAGAAGCCGUGUUGAAAUGCAGUUAGCAGUACAGCUGGGAGACAGGCAUGGAGGCGACGGUCCAGUGACGAAAAUGAGCUUCCCUGUCCUCUUCUCUAGGAUGGCGGAGGCAGAAUUGCACAAGGAAAGGCUGCAAGCCAUAGCUGAAAAAAGAAAAAGACAGACUGAAAUAGAAGGCAAGAGGCAGCAGCUUGAGGAACAGAUCCUUCAGCUGCAGCAUUCCAAGUCCAAAGCACUCCGAGAAAAAUGGCUGCUACAAGGAGUGCCAGCUGGUACUGCGGAAGAAGAGGAAGCUAGAAAGCGACAGUCUGAGGAAGAUGAAUUCAGAGUUAAAAAACUUGAAGAUAACAUUCACAGACUGGAGCAGGAAAUACAGACACUAGAAAGUGAAGAGUCCCAGAUAUCUGCCAAAGAGCAAAUCAUCCUAGAGAAACUAAAGGAAACAGAGAAAUCUUUGAAGGACUUUCAAAAGAGCUUUUCCAAUGCGGAUGGAGAUGCAGUAAAUUACAUUUACACCCAGUCCCCUGACUUGCCAAUCCUCUAUUCACGAACAACAGAAUCAUCUCCUGAGCAAGACGGGACGAGCAGGGUAGCUGCUGUGUACGCCAUGGAAAUUAAUGUGGAGAAAGACAAACAAACAGGAGAGACCAAGAUUCUCUCUACAUCAGCCAUUGGCCCAGAGGGGGUCCAUCAGAGAGGAGCCAAAGUCUAUGAUGAUGGUACCAAAGUAGUCUAUGAGGUGCAUUCGGGAGGUACCGUGGUAGAGAAUGGAGUUCAUAAAUUAAGCUCAAAGGAUGUAGAUGACUUUAUUCAGAAAACUGGACAAUCAAACAUUAGAGGAGGACAUGAGGCAAAGGCUUUGUCGGAGAGGACUGUGAUAGUAGACGGGAGACUCGGCCAAACAAACGAACAGAUGCUCUGCAAAGAGGCAAAGUUAGAAAUGGUCCACAAAUCAAGGAAAGACUAUUCUGCUGAGAACAUAGAACAGCAGGCUAAAGAACCUAGAGCUGAAGUGCCGGAUGUGAGCAUGGACCAGCCAGUGACCAUGAUUUUCAUGGGCUACCAAAACAUAGAGGGGGAAGAAGAAGCUAAAAAGGUGCUAGGCUAUGACGAGACCAUCAAAGCUGAAUUGGUUCUCAUCGACGAAGAUGAUGAGAAGUCACUUCGAGAGAAGACAGUGACAGAUGUGUCCACUAUUGACGGAAAUGCCGCUGAGCUUGUCUCCGGGAAGCCUGUGUCAGACACCACAGAGCCCUCCUCCCCUGAAGUGAAGGAAGAGAGCCUGGCCACAGAACCAGUUCCAGGAUCUCAGUGGGACAGUAUGCUGCCAUGUGAUCAGAAAACCUUCAAUCCAUUAGAAACUUUUGACAUAGAAAUGACUGCACAGAAACCUCACAAGCUUCUUGAGGAUGACAUCAGAUUGACAAAAGGUGGAGAUCACUAUAGUGCCAAUCUGCUGGAACCUCCCGCCAGCAUUCUUCCCCCCAGCAACAAGAACAUGGAAAUUGAAAUCCCCAUUGCAGAAUGUAAAAGUGUCUCUGGGGUUUCUUCAGCAUCGCAUUCCAUGGACAGUUCCUCCCCUUUUUAUUCGCCUCAUAAUGGCCUCAUCUCAGACCACCAUGAAUCCCUGGAUAAUGAGGUGGCUAGAGAGAUCCAGUAUCUAGAUGAAGUGUUAGAGGCCAAUUGUUAUGACUCUGCUGCUGAUGUGACUUACAACGGGACAUCUUCACCAGAGCCUGGCGUGACCAUCACCGUAGGCAGCCCAGGUCCAUCUGUUCACACCACAAACCACAUAGAACCCACUGAGAGGGAAGCAGUACUCAUUGUUGGCAGGCAGCCUCCUCCUCUCAUCGAGCUGAGCCAGGGUGAAAUCAUGGCAGAGACCUUCAGAGCAAACGGUCACUCUCCAGAUGGGCAGAGGGAGGUGCUUGGGGAUGGCCUUCAUGCCCCUGUGAGCCCCAGUUCUUCAACCAGUUCAAAGGGGUCUUUCCGAGAUGGAGAGACCACUCUCACCACUCUGAAGAAAGAAGCGAAAUUUGAAUUGCGUGCCUUCCAUGAGGAUAAGAAGCCAUCCAGACUUUUUGAAGAUGACAGCAGCGAGAAGGAAACAUAUAGGGUCCGAAAAGUAAGGCCAUCAGAGGAGAUGCUGGAGCUAGAAAAAGAGAGGCGAGAACUAAUCCGGAGUCAAGCAGUGAAAAAAAAUCCUGCUAUUGCAGCCAAAUGGUGGAACCCACCCCAGGAGAAGACCCUAGAGGAGCAACUGGACGAUGAGCCACUAGAGUCACAUAAAAAGUAUAAGGAACGCAAGGAGAGGAGGCAGCAGCAGCAGCAACAGCAGCUGCCACCACAGUCUUCUCCAAUUCCAACCUCCCCUAAACAGACAGUAUGCCCUUUUGAACUUCUAGACCCAUCCAGUGGUCUGAAGGAGGAUAUUGUCACAGAGCAAAUAGAUUUCUCUGCUGCGAGGAAGCAGUUUCAGUUGAUGGAGAAUUCCAGGCAAGCAGGAGCCAGGGGCCAGGGAGCACCCAGACUGUUUUCCAUCAAACCGUUUUAUAGACCUUUGGGUUCCAGCUACUCAGAUAAGCCGUCCACCAUCACAAGACCAGUUUCAGUUGUGGGGCGGAUGGAGGAUGAUGGAAUAUCUGCAGCUAAGGGACAGAAGAGCUCCUGUGUUCCAGAGAACCAGCUUUUAGGAGGCCAGAACAGUACAGUUAACCCAGAAAAGGAAUCCCCCUGUAUUGAUGCUUCAAAACAUGUGCCGUCAGCCAAGCUGUGGGCAGAGGAGGGUGAGUUUACAAGUGCCCGGGCUGUCUUCACAAUGGUGAAGGAUGAGGACCCUGGCAUCUUAGAUCCAUUUACGAGGUCAGUUUAUGUCUCUUCUCCCCCAGAGGAGCUGGACUCCGGUUUGGAGGAGCUGUCAGUGAGGUCUCAGGGCACCACAGUGCUGGAAACCCUGUCCAAUGACUUCAGCAUGGACAACCUCAGUGACAGCGGUGCAUCCAAUGAGACAAUGAAUGCCCUCCAGGAAAACUCCUUGACAGAUUUUUCUUUGCCCCAGACCCCCCAGACUGAUAUGCCCUCUGAGGGACGAGCCGAAGGAGUGUCCAAGUCAUUCAGCGACCAUGGUUUCUACUCCCCAUCUUCUAUGCUCGGGGAUUCUCUGCUUGCGGAUGACCCACUGGAAUAUCAUGCUGGUCUUCUGGUGCAGAAUGCCAUCCAACAAGCCAUUGCUGAGCAGGCUGACAGAGUGGUUUCCAAAGCAAACAAGGACCCAGCUGAACAAAAGACUUGCCCAGGGGAAGCCCAGGACAAAGUUGGGGCAGUGGCUCCCAGCUCAGAUAAGCCUCAGAGCACAUUUAAACCACCUCAAGUGUCUUCUCCUGUUCAAGAAAAAAGAGAUGUGUUACCAAAGAUAACGACAGCUGAAGACAGAGAACUCAGGGAAGAGAUGGCUCCCCAACAAUUCCCCGUCGUUCAUCCAGUUCGCAUUGAGGAGAGCAGGCCAGAAGGUAGCUACUUUAGCAAGUAUUCAGAGGCAGCUGAGCUGAGGAGUACAGCUUCCCUCUUGGCCACUCAAGAAUCAGAGGUGACGGUGGGACCCUUUAAGCUAAGGUCAAGGAAGCAGAGGACUUUGUCCAUGAUAGAAGAAGAGAUCCGAGCCGCCCAGGAGAGAGAAGAGGAACUGAAGAGGCAGAGGCAAGUCGUACAGACAACACAGAGCCCCAGAGUGAAGAAUGCCCCUGCUCUGCCCUCCAGAGCAGUAUGCUACAAAACAGCACCCGGGAAAAUAGAGAAAGUCAAACCUCCUCCAUCCCCCACAACAGAAGGCCCCAGCUCGCAGUCUGAUUUACUCCCUGAAGAGGCUGCCGGAUACCAGCGGCCCAAGAAUCUGAUGCAGACCCUCAUGGAAGAUUACGAAACACACAAAUCUAAAAGGCGCGAGAAAAUGGAUGAGAGCAGUGUCCUCGAGGCAACCCGGGUGAAUCGCCGGAAGAGUGCACUAGCCUUGCGUUGGGAAGCAGGAAUAUAUGCCAAUAGGGAGGAGGAGGAGGAUGAAUAAACAUUUCUCAACCAAGUUCAUUUGGUGCAUGGAACAACAAGAAACCCCCAAAAAAUGAAGAAAAAGGAGAAAAGAAAGUAACCUUUUUAAUGAAAUAUUUAUUAAGGAGUAAACAAGCUCAAUGAUUUAGACCAGAAACACUGCAGUAGAUAUCUUUGGGAGGAAACUGAAAACAAAAUGGAAACUCAUCUACUGAACUCUCAGCAUACCCCAAGGGGAAAAAAGAGCAAGAGAGGAUUCCUGUCACUUACUGGGUCUAUCCAAAAGGAGGAUAUCACCACCAUCAAUAAGAACGGCAACAGCUGUGGUGCCUACAGCAAGUAACCAUCGAAGGUCAAAGCAAUUAAAAAUGGUGGAAACCUGAGCAAAAUGUGCUUCCUUCUAAUAGGACUCCCUGCCUAGCUUUGUGCUAGGGAAGAGCAAGCAGUCCACAGUGGGCUCUAUCAAAAGAGUACAUCUUGUGCAGGAGCAAAUUAGCAAGGCACAUGGUAUUCCUUUGGAUCCUCCCACAGUUUCAUUGUCCCCAUUCCUCAUGCUGUGCUAGGAACAUCAUGAUCACCCCAGUUAUUCAAUAGCCAUAAAUAGGAUGGUAUUUUUUUUUUAAGAAUUUUUCAAAGGAGAGGUGAAGUUAACUCUCUUUCUCUUAAUUUAACUCUUUUUAAAAUCAGGAACUAUCACUGCAAAAUGUACAAUCCAUAAAUUUUACAAUUAGUAUAUUUAAUAAAGUAUUUCUUCCUGUUACAAACACAAUCUCUUUUAGAUUAGGAGGUUGAAGAAUGGCAGGGAGGGAGCCAACGCAAAUGACUUAUUUUAGCUUUAGGAUCCUAUCUGCUUGUAAUAUUGACUGGUCUCCAGUUCCUGAGAACAUAUUUACAUGAUUAUGUUUCUUAAUAUAAAAAUCUGUAUUUAGUGGACAACAAGUAUUUUUAUGAUGGGAAGGGGGCCGUGCUUGUGUAUAGUCUUUACACAUUGAAACAAACAAUUCAGAAAGUUUAGGGGUGGGAGAAUAAAUAUAGUUUUUAGAGUGGCAAUAAUUGAAAACAAAGAAGGGCACAUUUUGACUUAGAUGUAUUAAACAAGAAGAGAAUAGCAGUGUUUAUAACUAUAUUUUGUAAUGAUAAAGCAGGCCUUGAAGAGAGUGUGAGAAAUGGAAAUCUUUGGAUAUCCAGAAAGUGAAAAAUUUGAGAGGUCUUGGAAGUAGAGAAAAGUAGAAGGAAGAAAGGAGAAAGGAGAGGGAAAGAGAUUAUUUUUGCUGUUCAACCAAUGUUUUUCAGAAUGGUAUAUGGAAACAAAUAAAAAUAGGACAUUGAAGGAUUGGAGUCAGCCACAAAUACUAAAAAGUGUGUGUGUGUGUGUGCGUGCAUGUAUAAAAGUAUGUGCACUUGUGUGAAGGUGUGCAUGUUGAAAUUCCAGAAUGAUGAUGGGUUAGCAUUGUAAAAUUAUUUUCUCCAAAGCUGUUUGCUAGCUACCAGAGUGAUUGAGAAUUUCUUUUUUAUGCAAAGGGAUAUAAAGGCACUGAGUUGAGGCAGUAUUUGUAAUAUUAAAUUGACCCAACAUGGUAUUUGCAUGAGGCCCAGUUGCAAUGUUUUGAAGCAGUUUUGUAAAUUGAUAUUUAGAAAAAGGAUUGUGGUAUUUAUUCUUGUGCAUUGUAUUCAUAGGUAGACUAGAGAAUGCUGGUUUUACACUUUAUUUCAUUUAAAGCAACAUAAUGAUGAUAUUCUACAGUUGGGUGCCAUAAUAUCUGGAUGAGAAUUUUUUUAAUCUGACAAUGAGGAAACAAUAACCUGCUUCAUUUUCUUCAUAACUAGUAUUUUUAUUUUUUGAAGGCAACAAUUAAAUUUAUUCUCACUAAAAUUCACUUCUACUUUGUUCUUGGUAUGUCACGUGAUAUGAUGUGUGUUGUUCUAACACAGACCUGCACAACUUGUAAACUUCUUUGGGCGGCAGAUAGGUUAAACUACAGACACAAUGAGGAUGGUUGGUUGUUGUGGAUUAUGUGACAAACACGAGUGCACAGUGGCAACCCUACAUUUUUUUGGUGCUGCCUAAAAUCCUUUGGCGGACCACAGUCCUUUGGCAGGCCAUAUGUUGUGCAGGCCUGCUCUAACAGGAAGCAAUUUCCACUUAAAGUAUAUGGUAAAUUCCACAAUGCAUCAUUCUUGGGUUUUGGGGUUUUUUUUUUAGUAAAUAAUAUAAGUGUUGGCUUGGGGGGGGCAGGGAAUGUAAGCAAAAAUGGUAUUAUUAAAGGAGAUAGAAACAGUGGACUGCCAGAGAGUGUCUGUCUGAAGCCAGUUUUUAGAAAUGUGAACCAAAAAUUGCACCUGCUGUUAACCUGAUGUAUCUGGACCUGUGGAUUUUGUUUUGUUUUGUUUUGUUUUCUAUAAGUAAUAAAGUGAAAUCUCUUUGAAUCCUACAUUGUCCAUAGAAAUCAACAAACAAUUCCAAAGUGUAGCAGUUAGGCAUAUAUUAGGUAUUUUUAAGAAUGGCUUGAGCUUGACUUGAAUUUUUGCAUUUUUUUUUUUUUUUUUUAACAAAGAACUUAUGCACACAUUAAGACUACUUGUGAGAAAAUGUACAGGUAGAAGGGUAGCUUCCAAACAAAUUUAAUGCACCUGGGUUUGCAUUAACAGGCUGAAACCCUUUAGCAGAAGACAUUUCUUGUUCUGAGGGCCACAAAGAAUUUUACAGCUAACAGGAAACUUGGAGGUCAUGUAGGGUAAUGCUUUCCUUUGAGGGAUUAGAAAACUGAGGCUAACAUGGCUUGCCCAGAGUCACACCAAAUGGUUCAUGAUUUGAAUUUCAAGUUCCUGAUUCCUCAUCCUGCAUAUUCUGCUCUAAGAUACUACUUUUCUGGCUAUUUGUUCUCAUUCCUCAUCCAAAAAUAUCCUCUCUGGGAGGACUUCAAAUUAAAGCAUCUGGAUUUUUCAGAAUGCUUAUUCAUUUUGCAAGCAAGCAUUCUUGAGCACCUGUUGUGUGCACAGCUCCAGACUAGGCUCCAUCAGUAAGAAUCCCAGUGGGAAUUUGGUCACUGGGGAAGAUGAAGAUAUUUUUUUCUUUUUUAAGUGAAAGGAGUAAGUCCUGCUUAUUUUCCCUUCCCCACCUCAAACUCUGUCUUCUCCCUUAAUACCCACAGAAAAAUACUCAGAUAGAUAGAAUAUUUGUAUCAUUGAUGAAAUCAAGGCUGUCUUUCCCUCUCCCUCCAAGCACAUAGUAGGAAGGGCACUGGCAGGAAUCUGAGGACCUGAGUUUAAAGCUUACCUUUGGUGUUUAUGACUUGUGUGACCCUAAACAAGUCACUUAAAUACCCAGUCCUUCAAUGGCCCAUUAGUUCAGUUGCUGAUCGUGACAGGUUGACUCUUGCCUCCUCACCUUCGUUUUUUUCAUCCAGAAAAUAUGGAAGCAGGCUUCUGUUCACAGCAGGAGGAAUAGGCUAUGUGCCCCUUGGAUCAAGCUAUGCAGUUUAUUCAACUUGUCAGUAUCACUUGCAUGUUAUCACAUAGGUAUCCAUAUAUAUGUAGUAUAUAUAUAGUAUGUAUGUAUGUAUGUAUAUACAUACAUGUAUGUAUCCAUAUGAAUACACACACAUAUAUAUAUGAAAUUAAAAGAUGGAAUACUAUUACAAAGUUAAUGCUAUCUCCAUGGAAAAAUAAAACCUUUCUCCAGCUAAAGGACUGAUGUAAUGAAAUUGCAUUGGGGGGAAAAAUAGCUUUAGCUUUAGAGUCAGUGGGCAUAUCCAGUUUUGGUUAUAGCACUAAUUUCCUGAACUGUUAUUCAAUGAGCUGCCAAACUUUGAUUUUUGUCUUGCUCUUGAUUCAUAUUACAUUAAAAAGAAAAGAAAAAAAAACUUUUAAAAAUGACCUGUCCGUCAUACUGUAUACCUGGAUUUCUGUGUAUGUUAACCUCUUAAAUGUAAUUAUUCUGCUUCUGUUUUAUAGUGACUGUGAGACUUACAAUGCAAGUAUAUAAUUAUUUUCUCAUUAAAACCAAAGCCUGUGUUGUGUUUCUAUAAAUGAUUGCUGUUUAAAUCUUAGUCACUUGGCCUGGAGAAGAUGGAUCCUGUGGGAGAAACAAAACCUAAAUGAAGGCAAUUUAGGAGCUACAGGUUUUGAAGAUGAAAUACCUUUUGACAUGAAAUACAUGUCACCCAUAAAAUGUCCAGUUCAGGAGCUCCGUACAUACUAAGUAUGAGCUUGUCAGGAAUAGAGAGCAAUGAUUCCCAGAGUAAAUAAUUUUCCAUGUCCUCUACUAGGUUUGGGGAAAGCCUGGGAAUCUCAUCGGAGUACAGCCAUCUACCUCUUUUGUUUGGGUGUUGCCUUUUGUUUUUAUCCCAUAAUAAUUGCCUAAUUCUUAGGAUCCUUACCUCUCACCCUCCCUCCUCCUCCUCAGCACUGAAGUCUCCCUUGAAACAAAGAAACAGCCAAGAUAAACAACCAAUGUAGAGAAAAUGCUGGAGAGACUAUUCAUCAUUCUGCAAGGGUGGGGAGGGAGGUGUUUCAUCACUUGUUAUCCACAGGCAUCUUCCUUAGAAGAUAUCCCAGAUGGGGGAUGCCCACCUUGUUUGCCUGAAUUAAAAUCAAUCAGCAUCUAUUAAGGGUCUACUGGCACUUGAAGAAAGGAAGACAAAAAUAAAAUCAAUUCAAAGAUGGCAGUUUGAGAAUACAAAAUAUAAAAUGUGACAGCGUAAUUAGUUCAUUGGAGUUGUUUAAUAAUUGCUAAAUGAUACGAGAACCGUAAGUUUCCUGAAUUAAAUCAGUCACUCAGCAUUUAUUAUGUACUACAAACCUAGCUAGAUUUUAUACUGAAGACUGUAGUGAAGCUCAUUGUCUUUAUGGAGGAUUUGUGAAGUCAUGCUUUUAUUUCUAAAUAGCUCGAGCACCCAUUAAUAAAACUUAACUGAAAUUGACCAUCAA